AGCCGCGGCGGGGUUGCCGUGGAAACCGAGCGUGCUGUGUGGAUGCGGCGAAACGCUGUGGCGCGGCCUUUGCUGUCUGUCUGCGGAGGGAACUCACAACACCGACGUCAAGAUGAUGCUUUCAAGGGCCAAACCUGCCGUAGGCGGGGAUGUCCAGCACACUGACAAAAGAAAGAAGAAAGGUAGGAAGAUUCCAAAACUAGAGGAGCUCCUUUCACAAAGAGAUUUCACUGGAGCUAUUACCCUGUUGGAGUUCAAACGUCAUGUUGGGGAACAAGAAGAGGACACUAAUUUGUGGAUUGGAUAUUGUGCCUUUCACCUGGGUGACUACAAGCGCGCUCUGGAGGAAUACGAAAAUGCUACAAAAGAAGAGAAUUGUAAUUCUGACGUCUGGGUGAACCUAGCUUGCACCUACUUCUUUCUUGGGAUGUAUAAACAAGCCGAAGCAGCUGGAUUUAAAGCUUCAAAAAGCCGACUCCAAAAUCGCCUCCUCUUCCACUUGGCUCACAAGUUUAAUGAUGAGAAAAAGUUGAUGAGCUUUCAUCAGAAUCUUCAGGAUGUCACAGAAGAUCAACUCAGUUUGGCCUCAAUCCACUAUAUGCGAUCUCAUUACCAAGAAGCUAUUGAUAUAUAUAAGCGAAUACUGCUAGACAACAGGGAAUACCUUGCCCUCAAUGUUUAUGUGGCCCUCUGCUACUAUAAAUUGGAUUACUAUGAUGUGUCUCAAGAAGUUUUGGCUGUUUACCUUCAGCAAAUUCCUGAUAGUACCAUCGCACUCAAUCUUAAAGCCUGUAAUCAUUUUCGCCUUUACAACGGCAAAGCAGCUGAGGCAGAACUCAAAAGCUUGAUGGACAAUGCUUCUUCAUCCUUCGAAUUUGCUAAAGAACUCAUCAGGCACAAUCUGGUUGUUUUCCGAGGAGGUGAAGGGGCUUUGCAGGUUUUACCUCCUCUGGUUGAUGUCAUUCCUGAAGCUAGGCUAAACUUGGUGAUUUACUACCUUCGUCAAGAUGAUGUACAAGAAGCUUAUAACUUAAUUAAGGAUCUGGAACCUACUACUCCUCAGGAGUAUAUUCUCAAAGGAGUGGUCAAUGCAGCCCUUGGCCAGGAAAUAGGUUCAAGGGAUCAUAUGAAAAUUGCCCAGCAGUUCUUCCAGUUGGUGGGAGGAUCAGCUAGCGAAUGUGAUACAAUACCAGGGAGGCAGUGCAUGGCUUCCUGUUUCUUCCUGCUUAAGCAAUUUGAUGAUGUCUUGAUUUACCUCAAUUCAUUUAAGAGUUACUUCUAUAAUGAUGACAUCUUUAACUUUAAUUAUGCCCAAGCCAAAGCUGCAACAGGCAAUACUAGUGAGGCUGAAGAGGUGUUCCUCUUGAUCCAAAGUGAGAAGAUGAAAAAUGAUUACAUUUACCUCAGCUGGUUAGCUCGGUGCUAUAUUAUGAAUAAGAAACCAAGACUAGCCUGGGAACUUUAUCUCAAGAUGGAAACCUCUGGCGAGUCCUUCAGUCUCUUACAGCUAAUUGCUAAUGACUGUUACAAGAUGGGCCAGUUUUACUAUUCUGCCAAAGCUUUUGACGUCCUCGAGAGGCUGGAUCCCAACCCUCAGUAUUGGGAAGGCAAAAGGGGUGCCUGUGUGGGCAUUUUCCAGAUGAUCUUAGCUGGGAGAGAACCCAAAGAGACCCUUCGAGAAGUGAUCCAUUUACUGAGAAGCACAGGUAACACCCAAGUAGAGUACAUCAUCCGGAUCAUGAAGAAAUGGGCCAAAGAAAACAGAGUACCCAUCUAAGAUAGCCCCAGCAUCCUAGGAACCAGCUUCCACUUUGACAUAAAACUGGAAAUUAUUUUCACUCAAGGUUAAUCUGUGAUACAGGGCUCUGUUUUAUUGACAUUUUCCUUCCUUGCUCUUUAAGUCUCAAGGUCAGUGACUGACUUGCUGAGACCUAGUCUCCUGGCUGAGCAGAGUACCAUAGUCUGUGACCCUGUAUGAUUCUUCUAGCAAUAAGACUUUGGACUUGUCUGGUGCCUUUCUUCCAGAAAUGCUCAGAGUACUUUUAUGUAAUUUACUGACUUUAAGGAAAACAGUAUAACUUUUUUUUUGUUAGCAUUUUAUGGCAUUGUCUCCUGACUGCAAUAACAAAUGUCUUUGAUGU